AUGGUAGCAGCAGUGUUCGAUUGUUCGUCUAUGAUGGAGGAGCAGUCGGUGAUGGCGUGGUGCGGGAGUGCGGCAGCCGGCAGCGACAAUGGAGGGGUAGCUCUCAAGAAGAUUGGGAGAUCAAAAGCGUUUGGACCUGAUAUCAUACCAAUCGAGGUGAGGAGGGCUCUAGGAAUAGAGGGCAUUUGUUGGCUGACUAUCCUCUUUAAUGUUAUCUUGUGCACACUGAUAGAGAGGAGAAUAAGACAAGAGACCUUGAGUAGAGUGAACCAGUUCGGCAUCAUUCACUUGGAUAAAGUGUAUGAUAGCAUACCACGAUGCAUAAUCUGGGAUAGCCUUAAGGCUAGUGGUAUCUCACAAAGGUACAUUGAGGUGAUACGAGACAUAUGUGACAAAGUAGCAACUAACAUUCAAACACCGGUAGGGUUAACAAAGUCUUUUCCAUUCAAAGUGGGCCUACAUUCAGGGUCGGCACUAAGCCCAUUAAUUUUUACGGUCAUUAUGGAAAAGAUUUCUAAAUCUAUCUGGGAAACUGUACCUUGA